GACAAACUCCGUAAGUGGAGAGAAGAGAAUUACAGGAACAGUGAGCAGAUUGUGGAUGUCGGUGAAGAGCUGAUUAAUGAGCACGCAUCUAAACUGGGAGAUGACAUUUGGAUAAUUUACGAGCAGGUGAUGAUUGCGGCGCUGGACUGCAGUCGUGACGAUCUGGCCUGGAGUUGCCUACAGGAGCUGAAGAGGCAGUUUCCAGACAGUCACAGAGUGAAGCGAUUAGCAGGGAUGCGGCUGGAGGCUCUGGAGAGGUAUGAGGAUGCCAAUAAGCUGUAUGACUCAAUGCUACAAGAUGACCCGACUAAUACGGCAGCAAGGAAGCGCAAGAUCUCCAUCCUGCGAGCGCAGGGCAAAAGCAGCGAGGCCAUCCGCGAGCUCAACGAAUAUCUGGAGCAGUUUGUGGGAGACCAGGAAGCAUGGCAUGAGCUGUCAGAACUCUACAUCAAUGAGCAUGAGUAAUGAUUUCUUACCUAGUUUC